AUGAAUUUUUAUUUUUUGCUUGUUAGUGUAGUCAUUAUUCAAUCUUGUUUUGCUUUAGAAAUACCCAUUUUACGUGUACCUAUAAAGAAAUCAUCUUCUCUAAAAAGAUACAAUCAAUUUAGAGCACCUAUCACACUAGCGGAUUCACAUUCUUAUUACUCUAUUGACGUUAAAAUUGGUACGCCACCUCAAAUAAUUCCUGUACUUUUGGACACUGGAAGUGCUGAUUUAUGGGUCAAUGGAAAAGACUGUCCUUCCAAAGUCUGCAAAUCAAAAAAAUUCAAUGAAAAGAAAUCUACAUCAUUCAAAAAGACAAAGAGGCCCUUUGAGAUUCAGUAUGCGAUAGGACAUGCCGACGGAUACCUUGCUCAAGAUAAAGUUUCGAUUAAUCAGGCCACUACAAGGCUCCAAGAGUUUGGCUAUGUGACAAAUGUAUAUGAUAUUGAAGGCACAAUUGGCACGUUAGGUCUAGGAUUCCCUUCCCUGGCAAAAGCAUAUAAGGGUUACUCGCCUUUUCUUAUAAGCCUUUAUGACCAAGGAACCAUUCAAAGACGUAUGUUCUCUAUAUACCUCAACAACAAAAAUACAUUAUCGGGUGAGAUUAUUUUUGGUGGUGUUGAUAAUCGAAUGCAUAAAGGUGACUUGCACUACAUGUCAAUUACAAAGAGCGGUACACAUCAGGACAAAGGCUAUGAGUUCUGGCAAGUACAAGGGCUGGGUAUAGGAAUACAAAAGAGGUUCAAGUCAAAGAACUUGUUUAGUAUUGAUCUACUAGAGAAAUUACGGCUCCAACGAGGCUAUAUUCAAAAGCCAGUUUUUGAUUACAAGUUUAAGAAGAAUGAAAAGUCGGAUUUUAUUCUUGAUACUGGCACUACAUACACUUAUUUACCGCAAAGUUUGACCGAACAGAUUGUAGAGACAGCAUUCAGGGCCUCUGAUGUAUCAUACAACCAGGAUAGUAAGCAAUACAAAGUGUCAUGCAGAAGGAGAUAUUAUUUUGAUACUAUCAUUCAGUUCAAAAUGUCUCCCGGCUCGGUACGAGAUUCUCAGCACAUCGUUCUCAAUCUUCCCCUCUCUGAUCUGAUUCGUCCAAAGGAUGGAAAUUCUACUACAUCUGCUACAUACUGUGUCUUUGGCAUUGCCCCUAUUAUUAACUCUGAAAAGCCUUCUGUCAUACUUGGUUUGAGCACUUUAAAAAAUACUUACGCGGUGUUUGAUAUGGACAAUGCAAGAGUAGGAAUAGCUAGUACGAGAGAAUCCAGGGCUUUUGUAUCACGGGAAAGGGCUCAACAAACUCUGUUUAAUGUUUUGAAAUGA